AUGGCGGCGUGGCUAGACCUGCUCUCAGAUGUUACAGGCAGGUCCUUGGUAGACACCGGGCGAUUCGAAGAAAUUAUCCAGGGAAUGAGCCAUCCCAACUCGCAAUACCCUUCAUUUAUCUAUUUUGCUGGCAAUGGAAAUCGGAUCAAGGCCCUUCAAGCCUUGUUUCCUCACAACAAUGUCACACGCAAGGGACCGACUGGACUCAUUCGUAUUCAUCUCAGUACUACUACCGCCCACACUGAACAUCCUAUCCUUUUUGCCGAGAGUAACCCUUUCAGCCAAGCCGGGAUCUUACCGUGGACCCAAGUUCUUUGUCUUUUUGUUAAUACCAUCUCUGAGAUGCAGGAUGUACAACAACUGCUAGAAGCACCAUCGGAACUCAAAAAAUACCCAACUUAA